UCCGCCUCAGUGUUUGCUCACUCAGGUGAGCUCAGCGUGUGUUGUCGGAGGAUCAUUGCGGAGCUGCAGGGAGAGCAGAGGGGAGACGGUCAUGUCAGACAGCGGGAACGCACAAUCGCAGGACGGAGGAUCGAGCCGGGUGACAUGCCCGAGUGUGGGCAACAAAGUGACCGUGGUGCUCGGAGCACAGUGGGGCGAUGAAGGGAAAGGAAAGGUGGUGGACCUGCUGGCCCAGGACGCUGACAUGGUCUGCAGAUGUCAGGGAGGCAACAAUGCAGGACACACAGUCGUGGUUGAUUCAGUGGAAUAUGACUUCCAUCUUCUACCCAGUGGAAUUAUUAACCCUAAGGUCACUGCCUUCAUUGGUAAUGGUGUAGUCAUUCAUUUGCCGGGUCUCUUCGAGGAGGCUGAGAAGAAUGUGCGGAAAGGAAAAGGUGUGGAAGGCUGGGAGAACAGGCUUGUCAUCUCUGACCGUGCACACAUCGUGUUUGAUUUCCAUCAAGCUGUGGAUGGAGUCCAGGAACAGGAGAGGCAACAGCAAGCUGGCAAAAAUUUAGGAACAACUAAAAAAGGAAUCGGGCCCGUGUACUCUGCCAAAGCAGCCCGCAGUGGCCUGAGGAUAUGUGACCUUCUGGCUGACUUCCAGGAGUUCUCAGAGAGAUUUAAACAUUUGGCCUCGCAGUAUAAGUCUAUGUACCCAUCACUGGAGAUUGAUGUGGAUGGGGAACUUGAGAAACUCAAGACGUAUGUAGACAGGAUAAAGCCCAUGGUGAGAGAUGGAGUCUUCUUCAUGUAUGAGGCGCUACAUGGGCCUGCAAAAAAGAUUCUGGUGGAAGGUGCCAAUGCCGCCUUGCUGGACAUAGACUUUGGGACAUAUCCGUUCGUGACUUCCUCAAACUGCACCGUGGGAGGGGUGUGUACUGGUCUGGGCAUGCCACCCCAGAACGUAGGUGAAGUGUAUGGAGUUGUCAAAGCCUACACUACGAGAGUUGGGAUUGGAGCUUUCCCUACAGAACAGAACAACGAAAUUGGAGAGCUCUUGCAGACGAGAGGCAAGGAAGUGGGCGUGACCACAGGUCGCAAAAGAAGAUGUGGUUGGCUGGAUCUGGUGCUCAUCAAAUACGCCCACAUGAUUAAUGGCUUCACAGCCUUAGCUCUCACCAAACUUGACAUCUUAGAUGUGCUUCCUGAGAUCAAAGUUGGUGUGGCAUACAAAGUAGAUGGUGAAAUCAUCCCGCAUUUUCCAGCAAACCAAGAGGUGCUACAGAAGGUGGAAGUGCAAUACGAGACUCUGCCAGGCUGGAAAACUGACACGUCUGCUGCCAGGACCUUUGAAGAGCUACCAGAAAAUGCACAGAAAUACGUCUGCUACAUUGAAGAUCACUUGGGCGUGCCUGUAAAGUGGAUUGGUGUUGGGAAGUCGCGGGAAUCAAUGAUCCAGCUCUUUUAAGGGGCUGCUCGGCCUGCAUGUAGCACUGGCUGGAUUACACUCUGGACUCGAGGCUGGAAAGUUGCCUCAUAUGUUUCUUUUCCCACCUCACUUCAAUUUCUCAAUGGCAAGAACAUUAUUUCGUGCCACUCCGAUCAUCCCGCAGCCCUCUGAAAUAGAGUAUUUGCCAUAAAUAAUGGCAUUCCUGUGGUAAAUCAAAAAGGGCUUUUCAACUAGUUAUUUUUUUGUAAUCAUUUAACUGUUUCUAAUCUGCUUUACAUCAUUCUCUGGUAUUUUGAGCUCUCGUAAGCUCAAUAUCUCCAUCUUGAGUCCAUAUGCUGUACAUGUGCUACUACUUCAAACAGGCAUCAGUAGUGAUGUAUAUUGUUGUUAGAUAUCAAUUUUUCACAUAGAUUGGGUAAAACGAUUACUUCUACAUGUUAUAUUUAAUGUUCUUUGUUUGUUUUAUCAUACAGGAAUCAAUGGUUAUGCAAUGUGUUCACUCCUUGUUUUAAAGACUUACUCAAGUCAACUUCAUUUAAACAUACUGUUUUUAAAAGACAAUUUGAAUGUUUCUUUACCAGAUGCAUAAAAACCCAUGAGAUUCAAUAUUAAGCGAUUCUGGAUAUAAAUUCUGUACAAUACAGCUUCAAAAUGUAAUACGAUUACAGUGGGCGUUUUCUGUUUUUCCGAAAAUAGAAGUAAAACAGUUUAUCGAAGCA